AGACGCCAAGCCCGAAUCCGUGUUCUUGUUCGCAUGCCAGGGCCGAGGCCUUGACACCACGGAGUCCAGUGCUUUCUUGACUUUGGCCCCAGUCCAGCUGUUCCUGUCGCUUCACUUGCAUGUGCCUGUGGGGCAAAAUCCAUUGAUCCAAGAGAUUGGAUGCCCCUGUCGAUUUGCCGUAGCUCGGCCAGUGGAUGUUGCCCAUAAUAAUAAAUAGGGGUCCCUGAAACUUUUCUUCACCGGGAGCUCUCCAACCGAAAGGAGAAGUCAACAUACAUUCCAUUCUUGCUCGGGUCCAUCUGCAUUCUCGGCUUCGUACUCAGAAACCACUGGUCGCUUGAAAAACUCCAGCAGUGCAGACAUGGCUCCCUCCGACAACCUGGCCCUCGAAAAGGAGGACCACGCGCGCGACGCGGCCUUCAUGAAGGCGCUCCACGGCAAAUCGACUGAGGCCACUGGUGGCUUCUCUGCGAUUCUCGCCAAGAACAAGGAGGCCCAAAAGCUUGCUGUGGACGAAUACUUCAAGCACUUCGACAACAAGCGGGCAGAGACAGAGACAGCCGCCGACAGAGAGAUGCGGACAAAGGAGUAUGCCACCCUUACAAGGCAUUACUACAACCUCGCGACGGAUCUAUACGAGUAUGGCUGGGGCCAGAGCUUUCAUUUCUGCCGGUACUCAAUCGGCGAACCCUUCUACCAGGCAAUUGCGCGCCAUGAGCACUACCUCGCCAUGAAGAUCGGCAUCCAAGCCGGCAUGAAGGUUCUGGAUGUCGGUUGCGGUGUUGGUGGCCCCGCCAGGGAGAUUGCCAAGUUUACCGACGCGCAUAUCACCGGCCUCAACAACAACGAUUACCAGAUCGAGCGUGCCACACGGUAUGCUGCAAAAGAGGGUCUCUCGAACCAGCUCAAGUUUGUGAAGGGCGAUUUCAUGCAAAUGUCAUUCCCCGACGAGUCGUUCGACGCCGUGUAUGCCAUCGAGGCUACGGUCCACGCGCCCAAGCUCGUAGGCGUGUACAGCGAAAUUUACCGCGUAUUGAAGCCCGGCGGUGUGUUCGGCGUGUACGAAUGGUUGAUGACGGACAACUACGACAACAACAACCUUGAGCACCGUGACAUCCGUCUCGCCAUUGAGGAGGGUAACGGUAUCUCAAACAUGGUGACCAUCUCCGAAGGUCUCCAAGCCAUGAAGGAUGCUGGUUUCGAGCUGCUGCACCACGAGGACCUCGCAAAGCGGCCCGACCCCAUCCCCUGGUACUGGGGCAUUGCCGGCGAGACCAAGUACAUGCAGUCGUAUUGGGACCUGUUCACCGUCCUCCGCAUGACGCACGCCGGCCGCAGGGCGGUGCACGUAUUUACUGGCCUCCUCGAGACCGUUGGCCUUGCGCCCAAGGGCACCAAGAAGACGGCCGACUCGCUCGCCAAGGGUGCUGAUGGCCUGGUCGCCGGCGCCAAGAAAGACCUGUUCACCCCGAUGUACCUGAUGGUUGGCCGCAAGCCCGCAAACUAAUGAGGCCCGGUAGGUCUGGCCGGACACGACGUGAUGGGAUGACAAAAGUACUGUACGGUAAUGUGAAUGGGCAUGUGCAGGAGAACGCACUUAAGCGGUGUAAUCCAUAUUAAUACCUCCGGACCGGCAAUAACUUCUGGUGACAAGCUAGAACGUCUAGCCUAGGACUCAUGUAUAUAUACCGUAAUAGAUCUUAAUGCCUCGCCCUUCUCCCCG